ACAACCUUUCGCGAUAGCACCGUUUUUCACGGCACUCUCGGAUCUCGUCACUCCACUACCACCACAGUAACACGCAUACUCACAAACAGCAGGCCGUCGAUGUACAUAUACAGAUAGGAUAUCAAGACAUUUUCACACACUCACACACUCACACAAUUCGCACAUUUGCUCACCAUCGGCGCUACCAAACAGCUCCCGUCGUUGGAAAGGAUUCUAAAAGUAUUUUGCUGUGCAUUCGAAACGGAUCCUUCUGAAUAGAAUUUGUUAGGAGGAAAAAAAGUACUGUUUGGUGGAAAACACCUCGGGAUCGCGUUCGGUUGGAAAAUACUUGUGGCCGAUAGAGAUAACCUGUAAGUUUUGACUCCAAGUGCGCCAGAUAUUCGAUAAUUUAGUAAUAAGUAGUGUGAAAAAGAGAAAAGCUUUAGUUGUUCGAUCGAGCAUGGAAUUGCAGCCUAGUUAAAUAUUGAAUGCUUCGCUAGAGUGAAAUGCGUGUAUUUUUACGUAACGUAAUAAUGAAGAUACAGCCCUCAUAUUUCGACUAAAAAUGUGCGAAAAAAUCAAAAGGUUCUUUUGAACACAGACUUUGCACUAAAUCAUGUGAUAGAAGUCAAAUUGUGCUGCUAGUGAAGUGAAUCCGUUUCGCCAAAUGGAUCGAUAAAGAUAAUACUCCAACUCAUCAAAACAUCCUCUUCCCCGAACAUUAAUGGUUAUUAAAUGAGUCUGCUGCGUUCCGGCAAUGUUCGUGCAGCUGUAAGUCAUCAAAGAUGAUAGUCAGUUUUUUCCCCGACCACAUAUGGGGAGGUUGCACAGCGAAAAGUCACCAGCAGAAGAAUCAACUCUACCAUCGGAUCAUCUACGCCCUCAUUAGCGAUAAGUACAUCAAAAACCGACGGUUGCGUAAAUCGUCAUUUGCGCUGCUCUAUCUGUCGUACGUGUUUAUCAAGAUGCUUCCAAUGACGCUGGCCAUUGAGACAAACACCGCCGCCAAACCGGUACCGGCCCUGAGCGUACGUUCGCGCACUCUUCCGGAAAUGGUGGUGCCACACCUGGAGGAAGACGACGACGACUAUAUCGAUGAAGAUAUUGACGAGUACGACAUAGUCAACAAUAAGUCCGCCAAAGGAAUGUACGUCGGAGCCCCAUGUGAGUUUACGUGCCACGCCAAACUGCAUCACGUGUACUGCGAUCCUUCCAGCAACACAUGCAGCUGCGAAAAAGACUACCUUGUACUGAUCGGAAUACUAAGAGGAUGUGCCAAGCCCAAAAAAUUAGGGGAUCAAUGCUUCUACGACCAGACCUGCAUCUACAACGACGAACACGCGCUCUGCGUCCAGAUUAGUCACAACGCCAUCUGCCAGUGUGCACCCGGUUUCCACUCCGUUAGCUAUUCCAAACCAACCAAACGUGUCUUCUGCACGCAAGAUUUGGCUGUUAUAACUGCGGAUCUUCCGACACUAUUCGGUGUCACCAGUGGCAUUGCUGUGCUAGCCGGUCUCAUUUGCAUGGUGCUGCAUUUAUUUAGCAAAACGAAAUAUCCUCGACCUCGACAUUUCGGCGAUGCCAACCUAGCGCCACCAAUUUUGUACAACAGUGAUACAGGGAUUCCAUUGACAAUACAGUCGGCAAGGCCUUCGUCGCGUUCCAGCCAACGAUCUAGCGGCUCCAUCGGUUCCUAUGGCAAUCGACGGCCGUCCAGUGCUCCUCUGCACGGUUCCAAAGGUGUCUUGGUGUCAACCUCGCGUACAGGUGCGGCUAGAUCUGCCGCCAUAUUGCUUGUAUCAUGUCACAUAUCUGCAAUUAGAAGUAGUAGAUCCACCACCGCUAACAACUCGCCGCAUCCGAGCGACCAUCUGAGCGAUGACAAUAUGACCAAGUAUCUCGAGCGUCAACUGGAGCACCAGAAACAGUUGCUCUAUCUGGACAUUCCGGCGCUCAGAAAUCACAACAAAUUGUUGUCGAAAUUUUGCAAAACCUCCAAAUACGCAUCCAGUAAUGACGACUCCAGUUACGACGACGAAGAGAACGACACUGGACACAAUCAUUACAGCUAUGAAAACGAUAGCGUGGAGUUGGGAGCUCUACCAACACCCGCAAGCGAGGUGGCAAAUGUCGCGCAAACUUCCGAGAACUUGAUCACACCAGCUCCGAGGCAACAUAUCAAAUCAAAGCAGAAUGAAUGGUUCCCGAAGACCAAGUUUAGCUUCGAUUCACAGCACCACAUCGUCGGUUCGGAGUUACAGCAUGCGUCGGUUCGAGCAGGAGGUCCAGCAAAAGGAACUGCGGCAGGAAAUGAAAAAACACCUGGUGCGACUUCAAGAACAGCAGCAGUUGCAAAAAAUCAAGCCCAACAUCAUCAUCGGCGACGUGAUAUCCUGCCCGAUGAACAAGCCCAUUCUGACCACCCCCAGCCCGAUGACACCGAACUCGAUCGAUGAUUUGCUGCCGUCGGUCGACGAAACGCAGGAGCUUUCUCCUAACCUGAGCCAGCGGUCUAUUAGCGAUAGUACAUGUGGCGGUUUCGACGGCCCUUGCAGCUCUACUGAACUAUUAAAAUAAUGCAACACAUGACAACAACAACAACAAAAAAAACAAAAAUUAACCUAAAACCUGCGCUAAAUGGAUGAUUUACCACAACAACACACAACCGCAAAGGAUACAACCUGGAGGUUAUCAUCGUUGUUAAAUAGGAGUUUUAUGGAUUUUUUAGAUAAGUUACAACCUACAAGUACGACAUUUAUAUAGAGUAAUUACUAUAAUAGCUGAUAACAAUAGUUGAAAACAAAGAUCUGACGAAACAACAGCAGGCUAGAAUUAAAACAAAAGGAAAUCUAGUAGAAUUAAAGACCUAAUGAAAGACCAAUCAAAAACAAAGCAACCAGGAAAUCGGAAUGUGAAUCGAAUCGAUUUAGCUCUUGUUCCACGAAACUAAUUAAACAAUAGCAUCGGUUAACUGAUAGAUUAACUCUAGCACAGUCCAUGUCCUAAAGUUCCAACAGAGUAUCUAAUGUAAAAAAAACAGAAACAGAGCCUAUAAAAUGAUAUCUGCAGUAUUGAUUCAAACCACUAAAUAAGCAAUAAUUAUCAGCAAACAGACGAACAAAGCUCAAUCAGAUAUAAGUCAGCAGUCGGGCAAUUUCAACCAAGCCUAACCGGAGUAAAUUGCCUGCAGGAAUUGCUAGUGGGAUCGAAAAUUGCAGGAAUCAAACAGGAGAAAAUAUUCUUAUGACUGAAUUUAUGAACAAAAAAUAAUGUGAAGCACAACGCGAUUCUCCAUUUAACACACCAGAACGAUAAGCAGUCAGAACUAGGAGCUCUUACUUCGCCGAAACAUUUAGUGGUUUACGAAUGGUGGAAUAGCUAGGGUCUGUAUGAGUUGUUUUGCAUUCUCCUAAUUCGCGAGUUUAGUAUUCCGGUUUCUAAGAGAAUUAACGAAACAGUAACAGUUACUCACAACUAUUGAAUCUUUGCUUAGCUGACAUCGACGUUGAAAUGUAGCGUUUCUAUUUCUAACUUUUUGCAAUUGUAGCUUUACAUAAACGAUAAACUAACAAACAAAAAAAACAGACGCAAGUCAAAGCGGUAUUAGGUUUGUUUCAAUAAUAUUCAAAAUCUCUAGCGUAAACGUGAUUCAAGCGAUUUAUUUUGAUUCCACGAGUCUUCUUCACGUCGAAUGGUUGUAACAACGAAGAGCUAAUGUUGCUGCCAGAGUUCAAGCAUUCACGCAAACAGUGUCGAAACGCGCAUGCGAGCUAGUUACAGUUGAUCAAAGCAAACUUGUCAGAGUGAAUACUAUGCGAUAACCGUACCUCGCAUUGAAUCGCUUUGCUUCGCUGCGCGUCCCGUGCUCACUUUGGCUGCACCUUAAGGUUGCUGUCAGAGUGAACGCAGAACGCGGACCGAAGCGAAGCGAUCGGCCCCCUGUCACGACGCCAUCUUGAUGAGAUCAAAAUCGGAACUUCAAAAUCAGCUGAUUGCAACGUAAACAAACGAACAGUAAUGCAUUUAUUUAACGCGUUUACCUUGUUUUGUGCACGAAUAUUAGUGAAUUUUGUGUCGACUCUCUCACAAUAACUUGUCGGCUUACCUAAAAUACAGCAGACAGUGUUUUGGGACAUUAAAAGAGAUAAUUUUCACAAUUUGAGAGUCGCGAUGAGUAUCAAUACAUCGCAGUGUUUGGGGCUCGAAACGCGAGGGGCUCAACGUAAUCGGUAUAUUUUCAAAUGGCUGGUGCUAACAUACCGGUGUCAGAUGGCUGGAAGCGAUGCAAUGCGAUGUACUGUUUUCGCAUCACGUUCACUUCGACAGAUUUGCUUUGAUCAAAUAGUUCGCACGCGUGCCUCGACGCUUCGCGUAACGGUUUUACGCUGACAGCAACCAAACAUAAGGCGUCAAUAUAAAUCCAGCUUAGUAAGCCUCGUCACUAUUCUUGAUAUUCACCAUUACUAAACUUUCAACACAGUCCAUGCAUUUCCUACACAGCCCAAAUUCUCAAAUUCUGCGUGAUAACUACUUCCAACCGUACACUGGUCAACUUUCUAAUCAUUUUCAAUCAGGUUGGCAUCUGUGAAUUGCAAGCGUCAGUCCACUGCCCUAACGUUAUUUUUUUCUUUUUCCCGCUUAGCCAUGCAACUCCGUUGUUUUGGGUCAUAAAUCUUCUGAAAUAUUCAAUGUGCAUGAUUACUCUUGAACAUAUUUUUAUCUGAGAUGGUGGAAAAUACACUCAUAUUCGUCUCUCAACCAGUUGAGUUUGAGCCUGACGAAGUAAAAGCAUAGAAUUUCACUUGAAUAUAUCCCGUUGUUUUGUACCAGCUCGUAUCGACCUCCUUUAGUGGUAGUCAUCGACAUUUUUAUACACUUGUAUCGCGUGAUUCAUUUCGCAACAAACGUUUUGAAGACCGAUUCACCUUUCAUAUGAGUAUUUACAGGUAUCACAAUACGAUCAGAAACGUCAUACUAAGAUAAAAUUUUAUUUUGGCCAAAGCCGUCCGUCGGUACUAUCCUUGUCACGUGAAACAGACGAAAAUAUAGUCUAGCUUGAAAAAAAAAUCACGCGCACUUUACUCUGAAACAGACAACUAAAACAAUAGCCCCUGGUACUGAAACAAACCUACUAUUGCCACUGAACUGUGUAAAAUGUGCAUCUACUCUGUUGCACUCAAUGCCUGUCUGCACUACGCGCGGUUUACGUACUAUGCUGUUUAGCUAGUUUUAUAUAUUCCGUGAUUAUUUCGAAUUGGGACAAUCAGACGACUGAAACGCCUAUCGCACAAGCUAGUCGUCGAGUGUUUGAGCCUCAAAAGAAAUCUAGGAUUGUAUCACCAGCCAUGCAGUUAUUCUAUGAACAAUUCUUAUCCAAUUUGACCUCACUUCUCGUUAGAAAAAUCAACUGUCGAACAGCAAAGAAUUUAGGCAAUAUUUUUUAACGUUCAAUUGAGAAUAUUUAUGACAGUGUGCUUGUAUUCAAAUACCAGUUCACAAAUUUUUAUAUGAAGUGAAGUGACUUUUGAAAUAACAGAUUAUUAUAUCUAAAAAUUUUUGUAUUCACAAGACAAGAAUUCAAAUCUUCGCAUAAUAACGUAUAAAAUUAACAACUCUUUUAAAUGCGUCUGGAGAUGAUACGUAAAACUUUUAUGACGACACACUUUUCAACUUUAUUAUUUCUGCCGAAAAAAUAACAAUUCACUUGUCAAUGAUCUUUCUGUCUCAAGUAAACCCAAUUCUCACUACAGCGAUGGUUCAGUGUCUUCAUAUAGUGAUGCAGGGUUUGGAUGAAUGAAGCAGUGAAGAUGAGUAUACAUGCUUCGCGGCGUAUGUUAUUCAUGAAUAUACCUGCUUUAUGAAUCAUGUCGCUUUUGAGGAAGUGUGAGCCUUGUUGCUUUAUUGAAGUGGCUGUCCAUGCACGAGAAUAGAAGAGAGCGAACAAUAUUCACCCCUACUACUGUUUCUCCUUCUCUCGGCAAGAGAGAAGCUCUAGCCCCAUAAUUCACUGCAAGCAAAUUAGCUUCACGGUGCAAGAUAGUGAUGAAGAUUAAAUAUUCAGUUUUCGCUAGCAGACUGAUGACUGGCUCUUAACGGUCGCAUGUUUCUUCGAGGCAGAGAUGCCAGAUAUUUUCAUAGAAAAUCUGUAUUACCCAAAAUGAAAAAUCUGUAUUUAUCUGUAUCCACUAUAGAAUCGAAAUAUUUAUAAUAAAAAUUUGUUGAGGUUAUGUUACUCCUAAAAUUUAUGGUUUUAUAAUGAGAAAUUGAAUGAGUGCUCAAUAUUCAUAUCAUUCUACAACGACGACAUUAAAUGCUUUCAAAUUUUCAUCACCAAUCGGAAUCAACAAAACAUAAUUUCAAUUUCGUAUACUUUCAAAAUAUUGGCUUGAUGAGUUGAUGUAGGAUCUCAGUGCUCAACUUAAACUAUCAACACCAUUUAAAGAUUUUUAGAUCAAUUUGUGAUUCGUCGAUUGAUUUCAAAACUCUCAUCUCGUCACUACUACCAAAGAGAGCUCAGACAAACGAAAUUAUUUUAUUCUUUCCUUUUUUUUGGAAAAUCUGUAUGAAUCUGUAUUAAGUUUUAAAAACCUGUACAAAAUCUGUAUGCUGUAUGAAAUCUGUAUGUGCAUGUAAAAAUCUGUAUAAUACAGAUAAAUCUGUAUAAAUGGCAUCUCUGCUUCGAGGUCCGAAAGCAGGUGUGCACUGCCACCGCUAGAGCGUUUAUUAGAGUAAAGGUUUUGCUGUAAUGGGGACAUGUGUUUCUUACAGCUCUCGAAGCUCAUAGCAAUACACAAUGAAAAUUCAAUGGAAAAAUGUUCAACGCGGAAUACUGAUUAAAAGACCUAUUUUUUAUCCUACUGGUUGAUUACCUAUCAUGCACUACUACGAUUAAACCCAUUUAUUCAGCAGGAAUUUGAUUUACACAAGUAACAAGAGUGCAUGAGCUAGUUUCUCUCUAACAGCCAGCAAACGAAGCGUUUGUUUGUUUGCAGUAUUUGGUGAGAUCACCAGAUCGCCAUUGCGAAUUGCUUCGCUCCUGUUACUUCUGUUUAUAAUAUUCAAGUAUAACUAAGAAUUCUUACCCUCUACUAACUUGACACGAGUUGAAUAAGUGAUAUGCAACAGUUUUCGUGGCAUAAAGUCAUCAUUAACAGCCGUUCGCGUCGGAGAGCCAGUCAUCAGCCUGUUAGCGAAAACUGAAUAUAUAAUCUUCAUCACUUACUAGCCCCGUGAAGAUCGUUAGCUUGCAAUGAAUUGUUUGUGAGAAGAACGACGUUCAUGACCACGAAAGAGCAAGCUAUAUUCACGGCUUCUGUGCUUUAUGAAGACACUAAUACCAGCACACUAUACCAUCUGUGCAUAUGUGGAAUAUAUUUGCUUCCACUAACGUUUUGUUUGUGUGGUUCUUUUUGGCUGGAAAGGUGUUCUCUUUGUGAGCGGUGGAAUUGUUCGCUCACAAUGCAAUGGAAACUAUAUAUUCAUUCACCGGUGAAUGAAUAUUCCAAACCCUGGUGAUGUUUCUAGGAUUACCAGGAUUACUAGGACUGCUUUCAAAGCAGACCUUCUGGUGCGUUUUCAUUACCAGACCCUACUUACAAAAUUGACAACAACAUAUCGCACUUUUGCUUAAAAUACGUAUUAAGGGCUGAGUCCAGUAGGUCGCGUAAAACCACGUGGCUCGCUGUGCGUAUUAAAUUUCUCUCCAUGCUCUCUCGCAAAUGUGCAAAAUGACUCUCGAUGUGGCCAGGUGGCCAAAAAAGUUUUGAUAUUGUCGGUUACAAGUUUGACUACAUCACAUAAAAUCCAAGAAAGCUGCCGCUUGUUUGGCAGCCUUUUUGAGCCGAUUUUAUUUCUCUCUCAUGUUUCGUUACGUUACUAGGGAACUGGAUCAGAAAACAAUGGCGCCACCAUAGAAAUCGACUUACCUUCACAAAAUUAACAUUCACUUCAUUUUUAUCGCGACAACAUAUAUGUUUUUAUGCACUAAUCGCAUCUAAAUUAAAUUAUCUAGACAUUGUCUGGAUAGAUUUUUGAUUCAUGCUUUUGAAGGCUAGAUAUUCAAUGAACAAAUUGAAAGACGGCUUUUUCAGCUAUGCAAUUCUUCCAUCAGAAAAAUGACUUUCUCAACCGGUAAAGCCAAUGAAUCAUUCUGAAAUUUUCACAGAAUAAUCUAAACUAGUUUUCUAAGAGAUUGUCAGUUGGGUUUUUUGAUAUUCGUCACCGUUUCUGAGAAAAUCAGAUUUGAAGAGUGAAAAUAGCCCUAUAAAUCACUCUAAAACACACUGGCCUCAGACCUUGAUGUAAAACACUCAAAACAUUUUGAACAAAGUUAUUCAUAGUAUUAUAUAAAACAUGAACAUUGUAUUCCGCUCUCAAUUAUUUCAGAUGGUUGCAAAAAGUAGCUGAUCUUGCAGCUCUAAUUUGAAAGUACAUUGAAUUUACAUCAAAAUCUCGAAGAAAUGCAGGUCUCCUAACAAGUACAGAAAAAUCAGUGAGCUGGGUUUAUAAUCUAUUUACUAUUGACGUAUCAUUUUUUUCACUUGGAAGGUCUCCAAACAACUUGUGAAGUUCAGUUUUUGCAAUGACUGAGCGGAAACAUAUAUUGGAGAGGCCAAAUGAAAGAAAAACUAACAGAAAAGAUGAAUUUUUGGAAAAAGAUACGCUCAGAGACAGGACUCGAACCUGCGUUCUUAUGCAUUCCGUGCAUACGCGCUACCAUUUCGCCACUCUGAAUCUUGUUUUAGUCACUCUAAAACGCCAAACAGACACAAGAGCGCGUACAUCGAACAUGGUCUACAUCCUGGCCGUCACCCGACCAAAACAAUCUUCUCUGUCCAUCAAACACUAGUCUUCUCGCUUUAUACCUUUAUACUUUAUAACUUGUGAAGCCCUGAGGAUGUUUGUUAACACGGAAUCAAUUCUAUGGGACCACAAUCGAAAUUUACCGGAAUUGGACAUUGUAGCCAGAUCAUUUGUUUGAGUGUGGCUCUAUUAUUUCAGUGCGAUUUUAGAAAAUAUCCUAAUCAUUUUUACUUCGAGAUUAUUGUUCAUGACGAGUUUUGCGAAGUUUCCCAUAAAUACAUGGAUGGAUCAGAAGAUAAAUUUAUUUAGUUGUUUUGUUUUUACACUAGACGUUGGUAGGUUGUAGAAAAAAAGACAUUGUUUUUCGCUAUAUCCGCCUCAAAAAGUACUUAUUGAUUAGAUAUUUUGAUGUGGAAUCUCAUCUUUGUUCUCUAUAUAGAGGUGCAAAUUAAAAAUUCAAGGAAAAAUACCAGUAGUAACGUGAUCAGGUUACAGCUCAGUCAAUUUUGUUUCAAUUACUAAUAUUAUUUCACCUUUUGAUUGGAAAUAUAUCUACGUAUCCAUUUGAAUAUAUCAAGUAAAGUAUUUUCAAUUAUAUAUCAUUGAAAUUUUAGCUACUAGCUAGCAGUGUCCUAUUUCGCCGCUAAAAAUUCAAGACGCUAUACUGGCUUACUGGAUUUCUUUAACAGAGACGACGGUUUUGAGAGUGUCAUCGAUAUAUCAAUUGGAAAGCAUCGCUCUGAUUGGUCAAUCGAUGCAAAAGCAAAGCUGUAGGAAGACCACGAAUCUAUAAAUUAUUUCUAAAACUCCAGUCUCAUAUGAAACAUGCUAGAGGAAGGUCGCAGCCAGAAAGCGAACGUCAAUAAAAGUAAUACAAAACGAUCUCCAAUAGGCUUGUUUUGAUCAAAUGUGAUUCGCUUGUAGACUGAAUAGUUUUUGAAUGUUUACGAUUAAUUUCCAAUUUUGUUUAUAGACACACUUUUUUAUGAAAAUUGUUCUUAGCUUUCAAAACGUAAGAGAUCAAAUACCUGAAUACCGUUCAUUUAUGCUUAAUAUUACUAAAUAUAAUGGCAUACAUUUCGGUAGCUACAAAUUUUGGCGAACAGUCUAGUUUCUUAGAUCGCGUGUCCAAUGUUUUUCGAAUUUUCAAACAAUACUAAAAAGCUUGCGUUAUGGAUCUUGUGCAAUACUACUACUGUGGGUGAAAAAUAAGAAAGCUUUGUUCAUAAUUCCAGAACUUCUUAUUUAUUCUUCCAAAUCUUUUUCGUACCCCUCAAAGUAAUACCCUCUCCCCCGACCACAAAACACUUUUGCUGACAUUUUUUCCGAUUCUUGAAACAGUUUGAUGUCUUCAACUGACUUAAAACGGUUCCCCCGGAGCGGUCGUUUGAGUUUGCUGAUUAACCAAAAGUCACACGGAGCUAAAUCAGGCGAAAACGGUGAUUGCGGAACGGUAUUGGUUGAAUUUUUGGCGAAAAAAAUCACGAAGAAUCAAUGCAAUAAGCGACGAUGCCUUAUCGUGAGGCAAAAACCAAGAGUUGUCGGACCAUAAUUCCGGCCUCUUGCAACGAAUAGCUUCGCACAUAUGACGCAUAACACUAAAAUAGUACUUUGUGGAAAGUUUGGCCGGUCGGAAGGAAUAAACCUCGAUAAUCAAAGAAAACAACUUGUACCAAUCAAAAACCUGCACCAAAACAAAAGUUUGAUGCCGUGGGACUGCAGAACCUAAAACAUCAGCGAUCGCGGCGACAUUUGCAAAUGUUACUCUUUUGUUCCAUGCGCUAUUUUUAUUGUUCGCAAAAACAAAGAACAAAGCCACGCUACAACCUGGGUUUUGUUUCAAACUCAACGCUUCUGCCUACAUGGAUUAGAAAGAGCAAAAACAUCAUAUUACCAAGAUAUUCUGCUCUUAGAUUCUAUGACCAAAAUUUAUAGAACUUUCAGAAAUUGAAAAAAACUAGGAUAUUUCGUGAUGAAAACAAACAUCAUAUGUUAUACGGCUAAAGUACGAUUCACACGUUAUAUCAGGUGACCGUAUCCGGCAAGGAACGGCAAUAGAAAUGAGCUCUUUGUAACACUUAUUAAAAUGCUAUGUCAACCUCACAGAACGGUUUUACGCCGGUACGCGUUUCGUUUCAAUAAUAAAAGCAUUAAACGAAUCUAAGCUACAGGUGAAGUUCCGUUAACGUUGACGAAAGUUGACCGAUCGUGUGAACCGUACUUGAAACAGUUUGAUUGUAGUGUUUCGUGAUAAAAACCAGUGUUAGGAAAAUCAUGAUCAGAAAAAGUUCAUUAUGUAUCACUCGUGCAAAAAUCAGUUCGAGAGAUUUACUAAAAAAACUCAGUGAUAGAAAAAAUCUCUUCCGACAUUUUUAUUAAUGAAACAAGCAUAUAAAACAUUCUGAACCUCGAAAUUCACAAGUGAUUUUUUGUAUCAGUGAAACGUGAUGAGAAUUUACAGAACUAUCGCUAAUGAGAUAAUCGAAAGGGUGAAGAGUCUCAUAUGAUUAUAAAAUAAAACGCUAUUUAGCAUAAAUUUGAUUCAUAGAAGUAGCAGGAGCGCAGAAUGGACAGCAUGUCUCAAGCACACAGCAGGCGCAACUUUUGAAUAACGCGCUAGAAUUGGCGUAGCGAUUCGAGAAGUACGUUCGCUGGCGAACUUUUCACAACUGAUUUUUUGCCAUGUGAGAUUAGUUUUCAAAGAGAUCGCGCUUGCAAAAAACGCAAAGCGAGUUUUCUCAUGGAUGACUUUUUUGUCUGAAAAAAUAUUUAAAAAAUUAGCCAAGGAAUUUAAUUUAGCAGCACACUGCAUUUUAAAACUCUUGUAAAAAUCCAAACGAUACACCGACACGAAUUCAAGUUUUUAAAUUUCAAAUCAAGAUUCAUUUCGUGCAAUCAGGUUUUGCACGAACAUGACAUAACCUCACAAAAAUGAACAAAAUGAAUCAAUUUUGACAGCUGUCACUGAUUUGUUUGAGUGUUCGUGCUAAUUUGGCCAUCGUGCAAAACCUAAUGGCCAGGGACCCAGUUUGACGAAUUUCCUUUCCUCGUCACUCUAACUAUAAUAGGGACUCUAGUAAAGCGAAGUACCAGCAAAGUGAAUCAACUGUGGUCUUGCAUAUUGAAUUUUUUAUCGUGACGUCACGAAUGAACAAAAAUCUUUGACAGUUCAGCGGUACUGUUUACAAGCAAGCUUAAACAAAAAUCGAAGAACACAUUUCAAACAAUCAUCUUUACACUUUGCAACUAGUCACUUUUAUUUAAUAAAUCUCAAAAACAAACCGUAUCAAAUCGUGAACAAAUGUUUUAAUAUUUUAUUUAGGCGAUAUGGACCGUAAAUGCUCUCAUCCAAUUUGUCAAUAGACAAACCAAAAAAUCUCUGUUUACAAACAUUACUGCUUGGUUAGUAGUGACGGUAAAAAACCUAAUUGCAUUACUAAUUGUUUAUUUACGUUGCAAUCAGCUGAUUUUUGACGUUCUGAAUUUAGUCUCAUCAACAGAGAUACCAGAUCUGCAGAUUUGUCUGUAAAUCUGCAGAUUUCGUACAUAGUGCUGCAGACUUUUGAAAGUCGAAUUUUUUGCAGACUUUCGUCAAAAUUUACAAACUUUUGAAAUUGUCGCGACCGUUUUUUUAUCGUCAAGUCAGUUUAGCGUGUCGUAUUUUAGGGAGAAAUUCCAGCUACCAAGACAUACAUGCUAACUGCAGAUUAUUUUUUUCGGAUAUACAGAUUUUUACAACCCUGCCUGAAGAUAUUUGAAAUUUUUACCUGGCAUCUCUGCUCAAGAUGGUGUUCUAAACUUUGCCUGAACUCAAAAAUGAUUAGACGAGUUUAUAAUAGUUUCGGAGGGAUUAUCACCUACUCUAUUUAAGUAAAAUCCCAGUGGAAAAGAUUUCCUUUUAAGGGAUCCACAUUAGUCAAAGUAAAUACAAAAAUUCACGAAUUACCGCAAUGCUGUUGACGAGCCUUACAUGUAAACGGAUAAUAGCCUGUUCGCACUAUACCGGGACGGGACCAUCCGGGACUAUCCGGGACGUUUUUUCCUCAUCGGCGAUGACUGAGCUACCGGCGUGUGUAUGUAUUGGAAUCCCGGAUCCGGGAUAAAAUCCAUUUGGUUGCCACCAAUAUUCCUCGCCGAGUUUUUUCCAGCGCCGACGGUGCGAAAAAUUCGGCGAGGAAUAGUCCCGGAUGGUCCCGUCCCGGUCGUCCCGCUAUAGUGCGAACAGGCUAUAAAACUGAUAAUUAAAAUAUUUCGUUCAGUUUGUGCUUAAAAGGAGCUUUAGUCUAGCUUUUAGUUUAAUAAUGUUUAGUAGGGAUACUGCGGGAUCAAACGAGUUUAUAAAAGAUUAACAGAUUUUAUACGGGAUUAAGAAAGAUAAGAAUCCAUCGUUUGAGAUAAGGUGAGUUUUUUUCGGAUUAGAUUAGUCACUUUUAUGAGUUACUCCAGAGUUAAUAGUGAUUUGCUCCUUGCAUUAUUUUCGUAAAAACCACUGCCAACCGGUCGGAUGGUACCAAAUCUGAACUAUCAUAUGGGCGGAGAAGAAUUUCUUAAGUCUCUUCACAAAUUAAUUCUCAUUGAACUAAGAAGUCGAAACAGGAAAUCGAUAUAACAGUUAAUAUCCGACUUUCUCAUUUAGUUCACAAGCAUUUCAAAAAUCUUAUUCGGAAUCGGUUAUCCAACUAGAUUAGUGAUAAUUCUCGGUUGAUGUUUCAAAAGGCCGUAAGAGCAAGUGACAGUUUCUCUUUGUUUACUUUCUCUUCUAUUAAUUACCAAGCGAUUUACACGUUUAUCACUUAACUCUUUGCAUAGAAUGAUGCCCGAAACUUUCGACUUUCAAACUGAACUGUGAAAUCCAAGAAAAUCUUUUUAAUCUCAUCACAAUAAUCGAAAGAGAGAGUGAACAAAGAGAAGCUGUCACUUGCUCUUACGGCCUUCUGAAAAAUCAACCGAGAAUUAUGAUAUAUUUUUGACCCUUUUGAAUUGUAAUCCAAAUUUAUUUCGAACCAAAUAUCUCUGUUGGUUAGUUCACGAAGACAGUUACUCUAGAGUAGUUCCGAAAUUCGGACGAUCUUUAAAACAGAUGCUAACUCGAAAAUGUACUACGGUAACAACAAACUAGCUAAAUACCAUAGGUAAACAAAAAAAAAAGACCGCAACCAUUUGUUUUGACCAUACAUUGCUAAUAGACUAUAUUCAAAACGGACAAAUUCUUAAACAUAGUAAAAACUAAUGAAUGUAGAUUCGCAAACGAACGUUUGAACAUAGACUGAUAUAUUAAAUGCAUCAAAAUCAAUAACCCGACCAGCAAAAGUGAAAUCCUUAAAUUCCGAUUCAAAAAAUUCAUCACAGACAUAGAAGACAACUCAAACGUAUUGCUGCUGUACAUUGGGAAAAAAAGGCAAAUUAACAGCUUGAAUUAAGACGACAUUGAGUUCCGUCUGUAUAUAAACUGGUGUUUCUUAUUAUCUACAAAAGAACUUCUAGGUAAUAUGAAUAUAGCAAAAUAUGUUACUUUGAUUAGAUCUGUGAAUUCAGUACCUAUUCGUGCAAUGCUUCCCUGAGAAAAAAAAAGUUUAGUUUGCAAAGAGUUAUACCAAGAAACACACACGUGAACAAUUUGGCUGAUGUAAAAAGCAUAAAAAAAUGGCUGUCAAGAGAUAUUACGGAAGUUUAUAGCGAAUAUUCGUUACGAAAAAAACAGAUUAGAUGAUAAGAAUUUAUAUACAAUCGCAGCAACGACAAAGGCGUAGUCGUCUAAAUAUUAAGGCAUGUAAACAGCAAUGAAUUGAUAAAAAAAAUUACCUUCAGUAGACACUAUGACACAAAUAUUGAUACUGAACGAAAAAAAUAGCAACUGUGUUACAAUAUGUAAAUUCCGUUUCUGUUCGUUGCAACUAUUUUUCGAACGAAUGAUUUUGUGUUUCAGACGUGAUCUAUGUGAACAAACAAACCAAGAAGUGUAUUCGAGACAAAUGUUGCGACCGUUUCAGAAAUAAAAAAAAACCAGAACGGAUCAACUAGA